AUGUCAGCUUCAGCCCUUCAGAAACUUGCAGCAGUGGCACCGCGUGAUUUGGUGCGAGUCACACAAUCAGGGCGACGCUUGUUCCACGAUCUCUUGCUUCAGUGCCGGGCGGCAGGGCUCACGGCCGCGCCCAACAGUGACAACGAUGUGGCACAUCUGCAUGCACUCUUUGAUGUAGCCCUGCAGUAUGGACUCGGCAGCCUGGUGUACGACUAUGUUGUGGAGGUCUGCUCAGACAAAUACUGCACAUCCAGUGAUGCCCUGGAGGCCUAUCUGCUGGAUGGCGAGUGCGUGAAGAAGUGGUGCCACAGCGCUCUGGAGCGCGAGCACAGCCACAUCCUGCAGGGCCUCACGCGAGGCCUGGCCUCUCUGGCAACAAAGGGGGAUCUGUACAGGCAUGUGGGCCGCCUCAUUUCGCUUGUAUCUAUCCUGGAGGCCCUGGGCCAGCCAUCAGAGCCCAGUGGAGCAGCCCAAACACAGGACUCCCGCGAGCUCAUCCUGGCAAAACAGCUCUACCAAUGCGCUCUGGUGCUGGAGUGGGUCGCGCAGCAUGUGGCGCAGGCAGGGGGCGGUCCGGGGAGGUACGCGUCAAAUCAGGAGUGGCGCACAGCCGUCAACAAGCGCCGCAAUGCCGCGCAGCCGGCCACGCCUUUUCUGCAGGACCUGCUCCAGGAAUUGGCCUCCCAGCAUGGUUUCUUCCACUGGGAGCAGGGGGUGACAGCGCUGCAGUACCCGCCUGCAUCCCUGGAGAAGGCUGUCCAGGGCAUCUUCCUAAACGGCGCCACGGACCGCGCCGCCUGGCACAGCAAGCUAGCCCUGCUGCUCUACUACCUCAUGGACGCCGGGCUCAGCCCCAGCCCCGGGGAGUUCAUGCAAGGCUUCAGCGUAAGUCCUCGGCAGAUGGUGGAGUGGCAGGCCUACUUCCACCUGGACGAUGCCCUCCUGGGUAGCACUGCCUCCCUGGAAGAGGCAUGCCGCACGCUGCCAGCUGCGGCGGCGCCGGCGACGCGGUUCAAGGUGGUGCAGGCGCUGGCGGCCCGGGGAUGCGCUGACGUGGCGCUGGACGUUCUGCGCGCGCGCUCGGCCGCCGGCGGCCGCCCCGGGGCCGGCCCCGCAGCCGAGCCGCUCGAGGAGGCAGAGGUGGCACUGGGCAUCCGCCUGGACUGCAACCUCGUCACUGAAGCAUUCAUGGAGGCGAGGGAGCACUGUGAGCGGGUCAGCCCUGAGCAGAGGCCCAGGGAUACUCGAGCGCUCAUACGCGCCCUGGCAGACUGGGCUGCCAAAAACAACGCCGUGAUUGAUGUUGUGAAGCUGCCCUUCAACACAUUGGAGGAGAAGGUGCUGUGUGAGUGGCUAGAAGGACAAAUGGAGGCUGGCAAGACCACUGUGCGGUUCCUCCCCCUGUACUUUUUGUUGCGCGGCCGAAUCACCGAGGCGCUGCACGCGCAUGCCCGCCUCGUCCGCAGCCCCGUGCCAGGAGGCGAUGAGUCAGCGGCAGUGCUGGCGCAGCUGCUGUCCACGUCAGCGCGGCUGCUGCCGCGGGCGCAGAGAGCGCUCUGCGUGCUGCCCGAUGACCAUGGUGGGCCGGCCCUGCAGCUCGCUGCGGAGGCAGGGAGCGGCCCUGACGGCGCCGACGCACGCGGUGGGCUGAAUGACCUGGAGGUGUGGUCGGCCAGCCAUGCGGCGCUGCUUGCGCGCGGAGGAGUUCUCCUUGGGCCGCUUUCAGCCGUAAAUGAGCCAUCCACAUCUGGCGCUCAUCCGAUAGCCACAGAACAGGCAGCGCAGGAUGCUAUGGAAGCAACUCCAUCCGGAGCUCAACAGCGCAAUUUGGCUAGCAGUGCCGAGAGAGUGCCCGAGCCUGCGGGGGAUGGCAUCUGGGGCGACUGGGCAUCCUGGAAAUCUGGGCAAGCCGCCGUCCAGGGGGAAACAAGUGCCGGCUUCGGGCGGCUUCCAGAAGAUGCGCAGAUCGACGGCCAGGCGGCGGCGGCUGACGAGGACUGGCACCAGAUCCUGGGCGUUCCCUCCAAGGCCGGCACCGGCACCGGCCCCGCCAGCAAGCGCGCGCGCACGUCCGGCCGCUCCCGGCAGCCCAAGCGAUGA